AUGUCAAAGAACUUCAAGAUGAUCUUGGUGUGCUCAGCUAUUACCUCGACAUCGAAGUGCAACAAAGUACUGUCAACAUCACCAUCUGUCAAGGUGCAUACGCAAAAGAAGCUGAUGAACACAGUUGGGCUAGCAGACAGUAACCCUAUAAGGACGCCAAUGGAGGCACGACUCCAACUAAGGAAGGCCGGCACUACGACGAUAGUCGACUCCACCAAUUACCGCAGCAUUGUCGGGAGCCUGUGCUAUCUGGUAAACACACGCCCUGACCUUGCUUAUUUCGUUGGAUACGUGAGUAAGUUUAUAGAAGCACCUAGGAAGGAGUAUCUUGUGGCUGUCAAGCGCAUCCUGCGCUAUGUGGCCGGAACUAGAGGCUUGGGUGUGAGAUACUACGCAGGGAGAUAA